UAUUUUAUGCACAAGAUCGGAUCAAUCUCCUGCUUUUCCUGUCCAUUUGAAUUCAAAACACUCGUCGUCUCCGCCGCCGCAGAUGUCCGCCGGCGUCCACUUUCCUAUGGACGAUCCUGACCUAGACGAUGCCGAGCUGUGGGCUGCGAUCGAAUCAGCCGCAUCUUCCAGGUCUCGGAAGCCGCUGCUUCCCCUCGGCCUCAUCGAGGGCUCGAAGCCGUUCAGAAACCCUAGGCCGAUCCGGAGGGCGGAAGAAUCCUCCAUUGUUCCGGUGGACGGGGAAGUAGUGGAGGAGGAUCUCUGGGACCAUCGCCGCCCCCAGAAGAUGCCGCGCUUCAUGGAAUCCGGUGCUGUGGAAGAGCGUACGAUGGUCGUGGUCCGGCACCCGCAGCGGACCCCAAUGAUGGCGGUGUCGUCUCCCACCUAUGCAUCUCCAGAUCCGUUAAAGUACGUGAAGAAGGCAAUGAUUCCAGUGGUGGAAAGCCCGCCGCCUGAGGGGUGGAACUGCGUGGAGAGGGAGAACAGGGAACCCAAUGUCGGUUUACAUGUGCCGUUCCCUUCAGUGUCUUCCUUUAAGAAAUACCAAAAUUCUGCCAUGGCGAUUUUAGAGAAAACUGAUUACACCGUGAUACAAGGACAUCCAUUUAUUAAGAAGUCAGGAUGGAGAAAAAUCUCAUUUUUCUUCAAUCUCUCAUUUGAGAUUAGGGACAAGUCGAUUGAGUUUGAUGAGAACAGGAAUGUUCAACGUGCUGAAUUCAUUGUUCGUGCAUAUAUGAAAUGUGGUAGGUUUGCAGACGGCUGGGGUUCAUGCGAGCGGCGUGAAAAGAAGUUUAUGAAGCCAAAUCAUGACAUUCCUAGUACAGCUGAAACCCGAGCUAAAAAUAAAGCUUGUCAGGAUCUUCUUGGAAUUGGAGAGUACCGACCAGGUGUUGCCAAUGGCAUUCUAUAGGCCAAACAAAUUGUUUGACAACUCGAUGUUGUUUUCCCCGAACCCUUUCAAAUAUUAAAACAUUGAAAACCAGGAUGGAAAUGAGAGAUACAGAAGGAAAAGUUGCUUUAUUGUUCGGAGUUAGGAAAAAUCCUCAAUUCUGUAUAAACAGGUGUUCUUCAUGCCUCUAAGAUCAUAUACUGUAAUUUUCAUCUGCUCAUCAACACCUGCUAAAUUGUUUUCAAUUCCCAAGUAGCUCCAGAUUUGUUGUAACAUGUCGAGUGACCUAAUUGUAUCAUCUUUCACCCGUCUUUGGAAAAUUAGAUAG